AUGUCUGACCUAGCAAUUCCUGCACCAGUGGUGGUGGAGAAUCCAGAUGGUACCAAGACCAUCGUCUCGUACAAGAUCGACAAUGGCAAGAAGUUCAGAGUUACGCAGAAAGUGCGCGAAAUCAAAGUCACUGAAAAGGUAAACCGUUCGGUGGCAGCACGUAAGAAUUGGCAUAAGUUUGGUGCUGAGCGUAACUCAGCUCCAGGCCCUGAUUAUUCGACCACACAGCUCGGCGAAGAGAUUGUUUUGAGACUCGGUACACAGUGGCGGAAGAUCGAAGAAGAGGAGGAGCAAAAAGCUAAAGAAUCCAAGGGCGGUGAAAAACUCAUCACCUGUCGUAUUUGUGGUGGUAACCAUUACACCAUGCACUGUCCUUUCAAGGAAACCAUGGGUGACGCUACUGCUGCCAACGGAGGUGCUGGAGGCGAUCCUGCUGUCAGCGGCGAUGCUGGCGGCGACUCCGGAAGCGGCGAAGGCGAAAUUGUGGCAGGUAAGUAUGUUCCUCCAUCUCGCAGAGCCGGUGCUCGCGAUCCUUCUUCCAGUAACAAUUUCGACGCUUAUCGCGACCAAAGAGAGCGUGACGAUGCCAAGACUCUAAAGAUCAUGCAAUUGAAUGAAAACGCGGACGAAAACACUUUAAGAUACGAAUUGUUGUUUCCUUUCGGUAGAAUACCUAAGGUUGUGGUUGUCAGGAAUAGAGAAACUGGCCGCUCCAGAGGUAUUGCUUACGUGACAUUCGAAACUGAAGAGAUUGCUGAGACAGCUUUGAACUUUUUGAACGGUAGAGGUUUCAUGAACUUGAUUUUGAAUGUCGACUGGUCAAAGCCUAAGGUUGCGGCAUGA